GACCCCUUUUAUGUUCAUUUCAUCUACUUAUACCUUGAAUAUCUGUUGGCACUUAUAAGGCCAACUUAUAAUUUUCACCAUUACCGUUAUCCAUUUUAUGAACUUUCGCUGCCGGGUGCAAACGUUAGCAACAUCAGCAUAGUGCCAGGUCCGAGCUUAGUUGUGCUGCUGACUGACUAAACUUUCUGAACUAGAAAGACACCAAGAAAACUCACUUAUUCUGUUGAACGGUAUCUUCCGUCAAUAUCAUCCACAUCAUUCCUGUUGUAUUUUAUAACGUGUCUAACAGUGUUCAUUAAGUUCAUUUAGUUGCUAGCGUUGCCUGCAGACCAGGCGAUGACACUUUGGAUCCUGAAGGUCCCGGAGACGUUAUGUCUGGGCUUUCAGUUUCUUCCCCGCGGUCGGUCCGCUUCAACCACUUCAGCAUUUUUGUUCUGGCAAGAGUCGGCGCAGCGUGUGCGGUAGCAAUUCCAUUCCAAGUCCAUAUAAUGCGGACUCCGGCCAAAGAUUCUAGAACAGAAUGCGCUGCUCUGUAGCCUACGGAUGCAGGUGCAUCGAAAGUGUAGCUACUAUGUAUUUUUCGCUGUUAACGUUUUAAAAUUAAAAUUGACAAGUUAGGUGAAUGUCUACGUAUGUGUUACGGCUUUGUAAAUAAUAUUAAUGUAGAACUUUUUUUCUAGAUCUAUUUUUUUCCAUUGUCCUGAGAUUGUCCCAGAUAUAAUAAUUUUGUGUCCCGAUGACAUUUUUUAUGGUCCCCGGGACAUCGGGACACCAUUAGUUUCGAGCGCUGCCGUAUCUGUCUCGUUUUCUUCACGGAUGCACUGUCCGUUCACAUUAAAACGCCGGGAAACACCGGGAAACGGGAAUCCGCCAGAGCCCACGUAUUCAAUCCAGUUUGUGUCUGAUCCGGUGCUGUGUAAACAUUGAGAAACGAGGAUACACUGUGCUGAGCUCUAGCUGACGUCAUCAUUGGACAACGUCACUGUGACAUCCACCUUCCUGAUUCGCUGGCGUUGGGAUCACACACACAGCGGCUCAGUCCCGAAUCACUGCUCGUGCACUUCACUCGCGCACUCUGUGAGCUGCGCAGGGCCGGAGUGCGCACCCUCCAGAGGGCACUCGCUGUUCAGGGCGGAGUGAUUUGGAGCGCAGGAGGAAGCGCUGAGGUUUAUUUACACAUUUCAACCUCCUUCAGGCGCUUAAACUCAGUGAGAACAUGAACAUCACAGCCAGGUGUGUUUAUCUGCUGGAGAAGGUGUUCGCUUGCCAUCCUUCCACUUGCAAGUGUUUCAAGAUCACGUUUUUCCAAGUUCUGCUGCAGGAAACCAACCCUACCUCUUUAUGCUGAUCUCAAUAGCAAGCCCAUGACACAAACCACUGGACCUUUGGUCCAGAGACCUGGCCCAGUGACAACAGAUGAUAAGCUAUCACUAAGAUUCAAGCAGUCCUGAUUUUGUCAUCUGGCACCGCCCCCUUGACUUUUUUUUUUUUUUUUUUUCUCCCCCCUCCCCAUCCUUUUCUGCUUCUCUGACCUCAACAGAUUGUGUUCAGAUUGAAGUCAUGGCUAAAGCUGUGAACACCGAUUCCACCAACUCCGUGCGUCUGAAACAGGAGAUCUCGCUAUUACAUGGAGUCUGCCUAAUUGUCGGCAAUAUGAUCGGCUCAGGCAUUUUCGUAUCACCAAAAGGUGUGCUGCAGAGCACAGGGUCCUUUGGCUUCUCCCUGGUGGUGUGGGCUAUCGGUGGUAUCUUCUCUGUGUUUGGUGCUCUCUGUUAUGCUGAACUCGGCACCACGAUCCGUAAAUCAGGUGCCAGCUAUGCCUACAUCCUUGAGGCCUUUGGUGGCUUACUGGCAUUUGUUCGUCUGUGGACUUCACUGCUGAUCGUAGAGCCGGCAUGCCAGGCAGUCAUCGCUCUUACUUUCUCCAACUACCUGGUGCAGCCGUUCUACCCGACUUGCUCAGCUCCGUAUGCUGCUGUGCGUCUCAUCGCAGCUCUCAUCAUUGCUCUGCUGACCUUUGUGAACUGUGUGAAGGUGAAGUGGGGGGCCAUCCUGCAAGUCAUCUCUACUGUGGCAAAGGUGCUGGCUCUCAUUGUCAUCAUCAUUGCUGGUUUGGUUAUCCUGGCCCAAGGUAAGACAGAGAACUUUAAAGACUCGUUUAAGGACACUAAUCUGAAUCCUGGAGACAUGGCGUUGGCUCUGUAUGCUGCUCUGUAUGCAUACUCUGGCUGGGACACUCUGAACUUCAUUACUGAGGAGCUCAAAAACCCAGAGAGAAACUUGCCACUGUCUAUAGCCAUCUCCAUGCCCAUCGUCACGGUUAUCUACCUCCUGACCAACGUGGCCUAUUACACAGUGAUGGAUGCAGACACCGUGCUGCAUAGUGAAGCAGUGGCUGUGACGUUUGCUGACCAUGUUCUUGGCUACGCACGCUGGCUGAUCCCCCUGGCUGUGGCCAUCUCCUGCUACGGCGGUCUUAACUCCUCCAUCAUUUCUGCCUCCAGGUUGUUGUUCGUAGGCUCUCGAGAGGGUCAUUUGCCUAAUGUUCUGUCCAUGAUCCACGUGACGUGCUACACACCAGUCCCAGCCUUGCUGUUCAACGGUGGCAUGAGCUUACUUUAUCUGUUCGUUCAAGAUGUGUUCCAGCUCAUUAAUUAUUUCAGCUUUAAUUACUGGCUGUUCAUUGGCCUGUCUAUUGCGAGUCAGAUCUACCUGCGUAUAAAGGCUCCUGAGAUGCCUCGCCCUGUAAAGCUUAGCCUGUUCUUCCCCAUAGUAUACUGCUUGUGUAGUGUGUUUUUGGUGGUGGUGCCGCUCUACAGUGACACGACAAACUCUCUGGUGGGCAUCGGGGUGGCUCUCUCCGGCGUUCCAUUCUACUAUAUUUUUGUGUACCUGCCUCCCAGCUUCAGACCUGCAUUCUUGGGAAGAAUGUUUGAUGAGCUCUCAUUCUUCACCCAGAAGUUAUGUUUCUGCUGUCUAGCAGAUCCAGGCCUUGACCUCGACAAUCCGCCUGAAGUGGCCAAAUCAAAAUGACCAUGGACUGAAAAUUCAGCUUCCCUUUUCUGCUCCAGCGACAGUCAGGAUUGGGGAAAUUUUAACCAAAAUGACAAUUUAAAAAAAAUUAAAUCGUUAUAUAUAUAUAUAAUUUUUUUUUUAAUAUAUUUUGUUCAUAUAUUGCAAAUUAGAUUGACAGCUCAAGUGUGUAUAUUUGGACCCAGUUUCAGAGAGAAUGAAAAAAUGGACUGAGAGGUGUUAAUGGUGUUAGGAAUCUAGGAUCUUCUCGUGCGUGCACAUGUACAUGUGUUUAGUAAUGCAGUCUUGGAUCUAAUGACAAUUCCACACCCAUGUACUGUAUAUUGUACCUUAGCCUUAGGAAAACACUGGCACAGGCAUAUGAAGGAUCAUGUUUGGUUGAUGCCCAGAAUGGAGGGCCCCCCCCCCCCCCCCC